AUGAUAUCGUUUACUCCUACAGGUAUUUUGGGAUUGAAGGAUCUGGGUGCCCGAAUAGAGAAAGAUGCCAAAUCACCUGGAUUUCUAUCACCUCGAGGAAUGGCAAGUCCAGCCACUGAUGUUUCGCCCAAAACGCCAAGACGAGGUACCAUUCUACAACAAAAUGAAAAUGGAGAACCUAUUCGAAUGUUUGAAGUGGAUGAUUAUGAAUUACAAUUUGUGGAAAUGAUGGAAGUUCCAGAGAGUAGAGAUUUAUUUCUCACCCAUUUACAAUCUUUUUCAAUUCCUGAAGUUAUUUCAUUCCUAAAGGAUAUGUGGAAAUAUAAAGAAAAGAGGAAGAAUAUUUACAAUGGAACAACUAUGAAAAUUGAACAUUCAACAAGUGUAGAAAAUUUACAAAGUAGUUUUGCAUCAACGUUUUCAUUACAGAGAAAAACAGUUACUGAAUUACACAAAUUAGCUCAAGAUAUGAUUGGAUUGUAUAUUGAAAAUGAUGCUCGUCUUCAACUUAAUAUUUCAUCAGAGGUGUCAUCCUUGUUAUUGAAAAGAUGGGGAGCUAUCAAUCAUAUUAAGAAUACAGUGGAAGUUAAACAGUCAUCAUUUGCCAAGAGUGCAAAAUCGUUUUUUAAUAGUGAAAGCAAUGAAAGUGACAUGUUUUCAAUUGAUCUGGAUACCAUUAAACUUCCUAGUACAACAACUACUACAAUGGCAAGUUCGGUUGGAACUUCAUACACAUCAAGUAAUAACAAUCCACUUACAAACACCAUCGUUGCCGGUUCACUUGAUAUGGAUACGAUUUUGGACGAAACAGUGACAGAUAAAAUGGAGAGAUCCUCCUCUGUACACAGUAUGAGCACGCCCAAUUUAGAUGAAGAUUCUGGGUUUUUUGUCAAGUGUUUGGCACAUGCACUCCCGAAUCAAAUUCAAGAAACUGUAUUGAAAUUAUGUCAAUUGUUUGACAGUGUAGAAUUUUAUGUAUAUAAUGAUCUAGCUUUGGAGCACUUUCCAAAGUUUAAAAAGAGUAAGGAAGUGAAAAAUUUUCUUCUUCAGAAAGGAGAAGAAUUCACAAAGAAAAUCUCAAUCAACAUGAAACUAGGUUAUGAACUAGAUAUCAGAUAUAAGGCAAAGGAUUUCGUAAAUCCAUUGAUUACCGAUAAGGAUAUUUACUUUACAAUCAUGCUCUGCACAGAUGCCUAUAAGAGUGAAUGGCAAUUAUUAGGUGAAAAGGUAAUUGAAGAAAAAUAUCUGAAAACUUCCUAUCAGGCAUACAUUUCCAAUCAAAAGUUUUUACUUGGUGAGGAAAAUUCAAAUUCCAAUAUGAAAUUGGCCAAGAUUGACAUUCAAUUACCAUUUCCUGUCGAUGAAGCAUACAAAGUGGCACUGGAUAGAAAAGCUAAAUUGAAAUGUGACCCAAUCACUCUUGGUGAUUUUGAUACAUACAAGGUUGAUGAUUUGGAUGUGAAACGACCACUAUCUAUUGCCUUCUCUAGUGAAAGUUAUAACAUUGGAAAAUUGUACAAGACAAGAGAGGCAACCUUUGUUCAGACUCUUGUUUUUGAUAGAAAAACCAAUUGCUAUAUCAAUAUUGCCAAGACGGCUGAAUUUGAGGAAAAGAAAAAGUCCAAAGAUAAGAUACCAGUUGACUUACUCUAUGCCUACAUGUUUAAGCAUAGUGGACCAAACAAGUGCACUCUGACCUAUAUUUAUUUUGGAGAUUUAAAACUCUCACUGGAUACAGAUAUGUUUUUCAAACGAUUUAUCAAGGAUAGAGCCAAAGCAUUGAGCAAGGGAUUCUCCAAGAUACUAGCCGAAAGAACCAGUUACGGAAAUCACUCAUGGAAUGAGAGUGUUGAUGAUGUUUUCUGUCUGCAGGAAUGCUUAGAAAAGAAUAUGAAAGCCUAUCCACAAAGAUCAUGGUUCGACGAGUAUAAUGCCUACCUGGAAAGAAGCAAGACAAUGGAAAGAGCCAAUUCCAAACAAAAUUUGAAUAAUUAA